ACGAACAUGGCGGACUUCGAGGAGCGGCGGAGUCUGCUGGGGGACCAGGACCAGGACCCGGACCAGGACCAGGGCUCGUCUACCGGCGGACCGGCGGCGGGGAGACCCGGGAGACCGUUACCGGCCAUCUGCGACCCCAGCCGCCUCCUGCACCGGGUGGUCAUCCUCAUCUUCAUGUGCUUCCUGGGGUUCGGAAGCUACUUCUGUUAUGACAACCCUGCUUCACUUCAGACUCAAGUCAUCCAGGACCUGAACCUGAACACGGCUAAGUUCAUGCAGCUGUACGCCUGGUACUCCUGGCCCAACGUCGUCCUCUGCUUCUUUGGGGGGUUCCUGCUGGACAGGGUCUUUGGCAUCAGGCUGGGAACCGUCCUGUUUUCUCUCUUCGUCUGUGUUGGACAGGUAAUAUUUGCAACUGGAGCUUUGGUGGAUCGAUUCUGGCUCAUGCAGGUUGGACGUUUCAUAUUUGGUAUUGGAGGAGAGUCCUUGGCUGUGGCCCAGAACACCUACGCAGUCAACUGGUUCAAAGGGAAAGAGCUGAAUCUGGUGUUUGGCCUCCAGCUCAGCAUGGCUCGCCUGGGCAGCACAGUGAACAUGAACAUCAUGGGCUGGGUGUACAGCAGAGUGUCUGCUGUGGUUGGUCAUCCUGGAUACACCACGCUGGGAAUAUCACUCAUGAUAGCUGCUGUGACCUGUCUGUUUUCACUCAUCUGUGCCUUGGUGUUGGGAUUCCUGGACAAAAGAGCAGAGAGGAUUCUCCACAAGGAACAAGGAAAAACAGGAGAGGUGAUCAAGCUGACGGAUGUGAAGGACUUCCCCUUCACCCUGUGGCUCAUCUUCAUCAUCUGCGUGUGCUACUAUGUCGCCAUUUUCCCCUUUAUUGGACUGGGACAGGUGUUCUUCAUUGAAAAAUUCAACUUCUCCCCAGCUGAAGCCAGAGCUGUCAACAGUAUUGUGUACAUCAUCUCAGCCCCAGCCUCUCCCAUCCUGGGCUUCAUGGUGGAUAAGACGGGGAGGAAUGUGAUCUGGGUUAUGAUCGCUGUCAGCACCACUCUCUGUGCCCACAUGAUGCUGGCCUUCACCUUCUGGAACCCCUGGAUCGCCAUGUGCCUGCUGGGCGUCUCCUACUCCUUGCUGGCCUGUGCCCUGUGGCCCAUGGUGGCCUUCGUGGUGCCGGAGCACCAGCUGGGGACGGCCUAUGGCUUCAUGCAGUCCAUCCAGAACCUGGGUCUGGCUCUCAUCGCCAUGGCAGCAGGAGCCAUCCUGGACACCAGAGGAUACCUGUUCCUGGAGGUCUUCUUCUGCGUCUGCAUCUGCAUUGCUCUGAUGGCAGUGGUGAUGCUCUACUUUGUGGAUUAUAUGAGAGGAGGACAUCUGAACUGUCCGGCUGCAGGCAGAGCCAGACUCCAGGAAGAAGCCACUACAGACGCAGAAUGAUGAUGAUGAUGAUGAUGAUGAUGAGGGAACACACAUAGCCACGGGCUUUCAGCAGGCUGCACUGUCCACCCCAGAGCUGUCAAUCACCUGCCAGGGGGCGGGACUGUGUACUGACUCCGCCCAGUGCUGUCACCUGUGGCUCCUCCCAUCACAACUGACUGUCUGGCUUAUAACCCAGCCUGUAUUAAUAUCUGAUUAUUAUUAUUAUGUCCUUAUCAGGACUCAGUCCACUGGUCCUCUCUGACCUUCAGACUGACUCCAUCUCUUCAAUAUUCACUCACCACUGACUCUGUGUGUGUGUGUGUGUGUGUGUGUGUGUGUGUGCAGGUGUGUGUGCAGGUGUGUGUGUGCAGGUGUGUGUGUGUGUGUGCACGUUUGUCAAACUUCAGCAUGAAGUUUCAUCAACUGAAGGAAGUUAAAGUUUUUCAAAAGUGUAUUUUAAAUGUUGAGCAGAAAUGGUGGAAAGGUGCCUUUAUAUGAUCAAUACUGCAUGAUUUUUUUUAUAUGCUAAUGAGACUCACAGUAUAGGACUCCUAUAUUAUCAUUCAGUUGUUUUAAAUGUAUAUAGGGGUAACUUUGGGUAUGUUUUUAUAUGUGUAAGGACUCUGUUACUUGCCUUAUUGCAGACGACUCAGCAGUUCAUUAUGUACAUAUCAGUUGUCAGCAUUCACAAUAAUUGCCAACCAAAAUCCUCCUUACUGGACUUUUACUAAGUGAGUUCAUAUUCAAUUUUAAUCAUAUGCAUCGUUGACCUUUUAUGGUGCAUACUCUCAAAGAAAGUGCAUAGCUCUUUGUUUAAAUCUUGAUAGCUCGAUUAUUUUAUUUCUUAAUUUUUUUAUCUGUUCUUCGCUGGUUUCGGAGGUUCAUAAAGAUUUAUUUUCUGUUGCAUCAUCAGAUUGUACAUUACUAUAACGAUACAAAGAUGAGAAAAAGAAGGAGGUACACUUCGGAAUGCAUUUAACCGUGUAAUAAUAUUCACAGUUUCAACUUUUUACAGUGUUUUAUUAAUGUGACCUUUUUAAAGAAUCAGUUCCAAGUAUAAAUAAUGUUUUGUAGGCUGUGUUUUGCUCGUUAAUCAAGCUCAGGUAAUUAAGUUUUUGUAAGCACUGCCCCGAAAUUGUUGCUUGCUUCAUCUGAAAGGUGAAGCAGUAUACUCUUGCACUCUGUUUGACUCUCACCAUUCCAGUAAAGAGGAAAGAGAUGCUUCUCCCUGUUGUUAGCAGGGCUGCAGACAUUCUGACCACUAGUAUCUGUGAUGCUGCAUGUGCUCAGAACUCAAACAGACUUGAAACUUUAAAGCAGAUAGGGCAGUAAAACUCUAAUUUUCCAUUUGGUGUUUAGUUUAUCCAACACAUGUAAGAAGACGGUCAGUAGCCUGAAGUUAGAAUAUUGUGAUUCAGCUGAAACCUGCUGCUCUCCUCACCAGAUACUCUCUGCACUGUGGUGGUGUGGUGGCGUGGCAGUCAUUGAUAACAGAGAAGUUGUGUUUACUGUUACUGAGCUGUGUACAAAGACAUGAUGUGAUGGAGAAAUGACAGAAGAUGCAUUGUAUAAUUAAAAAGAGUGAGGAUAGAAGCCACUUUUUGUAGAAACCAAAUCACGUUUUAUACCAGACUGUGAAUGGAACAAUGACGUUUAAUUAAACAUGAAUAUGUGAAAGCA